UUAGGAAGUGGCCAGUUGGCAAUGAGCUAAUGAACAUGGCCACCGGAGCUCUUUCCCACUUUGAAUCUUCUUGUCUGUACUACUCAAUUUCCCCACUACACUCGGACUAUCUUUACAAAUUUUCACCGAAUUUAGCGUGAGAACAGGAGAGAAUAAUUACGAGAAAAUAAUCAUGUAACAUUACGACAAGUUGAUUCUAUUCUCAUUUAGGCACGAGCCUAUUUAUAUAAGGUGUAACCGAAUGAAAAAACUUUGUGAUUCUUUUAACAUUUGACAACUGAUGGCUUCCCUGUCUUGCCUCUGCAGUCCUCCUCUGUUUCUUAAGAACGAUGAAUCAAGACUGGCUAAAAAAUCAUUAUUAGCCUAUACAGGAAAGGACCAGAUAACAACUUAUUCUAUCAAAAGUGUUGAAACUGACCCUUUUAGUCGACAUCCACACAGCAUAAAAAGAAAGAGUAGAACUGAAUGGAGUUUCAAAGGAGGAUCGAGGGUGAUCACUGGACCAAAUAUUCAAAGCUUUGCUCGUUACAGAAAAAACUGUGGAGUGUUUGCUUUAUGGUUGACAAAUCCUCAAAUUGCAAGUAGUGCUUUCACCCUGGGAACUGCAGCUGUUCUUCCGUACUACACCCUUAUGGUUGUAGCUCCGAAAUCUGAGCUGACCAAAAAGUCUAUUGAAAGUGGCAUACCAUAUGUUGCGCUUGGUCUUUUGUAUGGUUACCUACUCUACCUCUCAUGGACACCUGAUACAAUGAAGUUGAUGUUUGCAAGCGAAUAUUGGCUCCCUGAGUUAUCUGGCAUAGCAAAGAUGUUCUCCAGUGAGAUGACACUAGCUUCUGCAUGGAUUCAUUUGUUAGCUGUAGAUCUCUUUGCUGCAAGGCAGGUUUAUCAUGAUGGACUGGAGAACAAGAUCGAGACCCGGCAUUCAAUUUCCCUCUGCUUACUUUUUUGUCCUAUAGGAAUUAUAUCUCAUGUAGUCACCAAAGCACUAACCAAAAGUACAGAGUAAUACAAAACAAGUCGGUUAAACAGUUGUCAAUGGCAAACCAGCUGACCUUGAAAUACCAUGCAUGAAGUUGAACAUUACAUUGCUGCAACCACAGCAAAACAAUAAGAAAGUAACAACUACAGAGAAUUUCUUCCCGUUAACCACGACAUGAAAGAACAUAUGAAUGCCUCGCAAAAGAACAUAUAACUUUUACGCAGAAGCUGUUGUCCAGGAGAAUGUUGUUACUUUUGACAUCACGACGAAUGAUACCAGAGACAUGCAGAUAAGCCAACGCUUCAGCUGUUUCUAUAGCAAUCUUCAACCGGACAGACAAAGAGAGCAGACCUCAACUUGCUUGUUUACCAUGUAGAUGAUCAGCUACCGUUCCAUUUGGUAUAUAUUCAUAAACAAGGAGGUCUCGGCUUCUCUUGGAAGUGCAUCCAUACAACUUUACUAGGUUUUUAUGAUUCAACUUCGUCAGGAUUGAAAUGCAUAGGUCAAAUUAUAUAUACUUUACGUGCUAAUCCAGUGACCGCACCAGGGGAAUCAAUCAGGGUUAAUGACAUAACCAGGUAUAAUAUUUUCACGGACCUUUCCUAAGCCAACAUGACUUUCGGAUUCAG